AUGAAUGGAAGGUCCUGUGGCAUGAGUCUGCAUCGUACAUCAAGAACCCCACAGGGGCCUGGCUUGUUCAGUGGUCAACAUAUUCCUCCCAUCAGAGCCUCCUCAGGCCCUGCGGGACUCUCAUCCUGUGCCAGCACACCCAGCCCCAUUAUUGCAAGUCUCACUAACAGCCCCCACCUGAAGAUGUCCUCCGGAGCAGGGAUGGCUCCUCAGAGCAACAUGGCUGUGAGCCCCCUCCAUCUGCCUGCCUUGAGCCCCAGGAGACAGUUACUCACCAAUGGGAAGCCUCAAUUUCAGGCCACUCAGGCUGAUGGCAUGGCAGCACCACUUACUCUAAAGCACAAGCAGCAAGAAUUUGGAGACCACUUUUCUUCAAAUCCCGAGAAAGGGGCUCUUGGCUUUGGGCCUCAGUGCAAGUCCAUUGGAAAAGGCAGCUGCAACAAUCUAGUGGUCACCAGCAGUCCCAUGAUGGUUCAGCGACUGGGACCCAUUUCACCUCCAGCAAGCCAGGUCUCCACAGCAUGCAAGCAGAUCAGUCCUAGCUUACCGAGGGCAGUGAAUGCAGCCAACCUGAAUAGACCUCCUUCAGAUUCCAGAUCCCUUAUUUUGCAAGAGUCUUUGGUAUCCACGACUUUGAGUCUGACAGAGAGUCAAUCCGCCUUAAGUGUGAAGCAAGAGUGGUCUCAGAGCUACAGGACUUUCCCUUCACUUUCAUCCAACCACGGCUCUCAGAAUGGCAUGGACCUAGGGGACCUCCUUAGCUUGCCUCCUGGCACGCCAGGGUCCAGCAACAGCAUCGCUAACUCGUUGCCACCCUACCUUUUUGGCAUGGAAAAUAGCCACUCUCCUUACCCUAGCCCUCGGCACUCAGCAUCCAGGUCCCACUCUGCCCGCUCCAAGAAGAGAGCACUGUCCUUGUCCCCACUGUCUGAUGGCAUUGGGAUUGACUUCAACACGAUCAUCCGCACCUCGCCCACAUCCUUGGUUGCCUACAUCAACGGAUCAAGAGCCUCCCCUGCCAACAUGUCCCCACAGUCAGAGGUCUAUGGGCAUUUCCUGGGUGUUCGCGGCAGCUGCAUCCCCCAGUCUUGUGCAGUGUCCACUGGGCAGAAAGGCAUGCUGUUGGCCAGUGGAGGACAGGCACUGCCAGGCUAUGUCGAGGAUGAUACACUGGAGUACGAGCGCAUGCAGCAGCUGGAGCAUGGUGGCCUGCAGUCUGGACCUGUAAACAACAUGGUGCUGCAGCCGGGCCUACCAGGCCAGGAAGGCCAGUCAGCCAAUAUGCUCAAAACCGAGCGCCUGGAGGAGUUCCCAGGCGGUGCCUUGGACCUGCCCUCCGCGCCACCUCUUCCUCCUCUUCCCGCGCCUCAGGGCCCCCCACCCCCAUACCAUGCCCACCCACACCUUCAUCACCCAGAGCUCCUGCCUCACACGCAGCCACUGGCCCUGGCCCAGCCGGGCCUGGAUGAGGAUGGGGAGAUGGAGGACUCAGGGGGAAAGCACUGCUGUCGUUGGAUAGACUGCAGUGCCCUGUAUGACCAGCAGGAGGAACUGGUGAGGCACAUCGAGAAGGUCCACAUAGACCAGCGCAAAGGGGAAGACUUCACCUGCUUCUGGACUGGCUGCCCCAGAAGGUACAAGCCCUUCAACGCCCGCUAUAAACUGCUGAUCCACAUGAGGGUCCACUCGGGGGAGAAGCCCAACAAGUGUACGUUUGAAGGCUGCAAGAAGGCCUUUUCAAGGCUUGAGAACCUCAAGAUUCACUUGAGGAGCCACACUGGUGAGAAGCCAUACCUGUGCCAGCACCCAGGCUGCCAGAAGGCUUUCAGCAACUCCAGCGACCGUGCCAAGCACCAGAGGACGCAUCUUGACACUAAACCUUAUGCUUGUCAGAUUCCAGGAUGUACAAAACGCUACACAGAUCCAAGCUCCCUAAGAAAGCACGUGAAGGCGCAUUCUUCCAAAGAGCAACAAGCAAGGAAAAAGCUACGGUCUAGCACUGAGCUCCAUCCAGAUCUCCUCACGGACUGUCUCGCUGUGCAGCCCCUGCAGCCAGCCACUUCCCCCAGAGAUGCUGCUGCUGAUGGCGCUGUGGGAUGCUCCCCAGGGCCAGGGCCUGGGCCUGAACUCUAUCCAGCUCCCAUUUUUGCCAGCAAUCAUCCAAACCGAAGUGCAACAGCUGCUGGGGCCGUGCCACCCCCACAUCCUGUCAGUCACCCUUCUCCGGGACAUAAUGUACAGGGGAGCCCCCACAACCCCUCCUCCCAGUUACCUCCACUCACAGCUGUGGACGCAAGCACCGAGAGGUUUGCACCUCCGACUCCAUCUCCUCAGCACAUGAGCCCGGGAAGAAUUCCAGCUCCUCCAUCAUUGCUGCAGAGAGCACAGCCUCCCCAUACCCAACAGCCACCAGGCUCACUCCUGAAGUCCUACCAUCCAGAAACAAACCCUGCUUUUCAGUCAAAUGGUAUCCACGUCCAUGGAUUUUAUGGCCAGCUGCAGACUUUCUGUCCCCCGCAUUACCCUGAUUCCCAGAGAACUGUGCCACCCAGCAGCUCCUGCAGUAUGGUGCCUUCCUUUGAGGACUGCCUGGUCCCCACGACCAUGGGUCAGGCCGGUUUUGAUGUUUUCCAUAGAGCCUUCUCAACACACUCAGGCAUUACAGUGUACGAUUUGCCUUCGGCUUCUUCAAGCCUCUUUGGGGAACCUCUUCGCAGUGGCCCCGAAGAUCCCACGUUCUUGCAGCUCAGCGCUGUGGACCGCUGUCCUAGCCAGCUCUCCUCCGUGUAUACCGAAGGCUGAAGGCUCCCCAAGCCUCUCCUGCAUAUCCAGGACCUUGGAGUCUCUAGUCACCUCUCAUUUUCAUACCCUCAUAAGCCUUGUGAAGGAUGCCAACCAAAUCCAUGGAGCCAGUAGAGUCACUGGGUCUCUGGAAGGCAGAACUGGAUGGUCGGAUCUGACUUUUCUGGAAUGCUUGCACCUCUUCCAUCCCCCCUCAGUUUGCUGGGCCAGGUGACAAGCAGGAAUUUCUUUUCAAAGGGAAUUUAGAGUCUCACUUUAAAGACACCUGUUACUUCCUGGCUGUCAGCUCUGGAAAGACCAAUGAAUGUGCACAGGACUAGAUCGUGACCCUUGCUAAAGACUCCAAAGACUUAACGAGAGGAAGACUGCCCAGGUUCCAGAGGCAGAGUGUACAGCCUCACCCAUGCUUUCCCUCACGGCUGAGUGAUGUGCAGCCAUGAAUACUGAGGGAAAUCCGUGUUCAAAGCAGGUGUGGCUUGGACUCUCUGAAACUCUAGCUUUAACAUUGGUCUUACAUAGCCCAUGCUAACUACUUGCUUCCCAGUUGCUCCUCCAGUGGCAAAAAUAAGGUUUUAUGUUUGGCAGCCUACUUUGUUUUUGAACUUUAAAGACUUGCUUUUUACAUCUACUUUUAAAGGAAAAAUAUUUAAAGGUUUGUUCUUUUGGUAUAAGUCAUUACCAUUUUAAUCACCCCAGCUACAUGUAUUUUACCACAGCUGUUGCUCUCCCUGGCCUAAUUUUCCAGUCUAGCAAAGGUUAUCUGAGGGAAACAGAGUAGUUAACACAUACACGCCCCUCUCUAUCUGCCCUCCUUUGCUGUGUGUGAUGGUAUAUAUCUUUAACUCCAGCACUUGGAAGGCAUUCUGAGUUUGAAACUAGCCUGGUCUACACAGUGAGUUCCAGGUCAGCCAGGGCUACAUAUUGAGACCAUCUUAAAAUAAAUAAAUAAAUAACCCUCAUGUAUUGAUGGUUCAGUGACUCCAGAUUGAAAACCAUUCCAUUUGAAUGGUUCCUACAUUUCCUAAUCUCUGGUGCUCUGCCCUGGACAGACCAGGAAACAUGAGAGCUGGGACACGUUGAGUCAUGUGCGUAGGUUUGUUCAGAGACCAAACCAAGGGCACCUGUUGUGCAGUUCUUUUGUGUGCCUCUGCCCAGUUCUUUACAGGGAUCCAUUCAUCUGUCUGUCUCCUCUGUAGUGCCCUCCUGUUUUCACCUCCUUCCUAGCUGGAUUUCAGACAUGCCUACUAUCAAAUUAAAUCCUGUCAAUUCUUGGGAAGGUUCACAGAAGGCAGACUCAAGAAAGCAACUUUUUGGAACUCUGCUUUGAAGGCCUGGCCUUUUUUUCACAAAGCACAUAGCCAUUUUAUGUUAAGUCUAAACAAGACAUCAUUUUCCAGGGACAACUUUUAGAAAGGUACUAAGAAGAUCCUAUGUCCUAGGGCAAAGGCUAUACAAAUAAACCAGACUCCAAAAAGCUGGUCAAUUCCAACAUUCUAGUUUGCUUACAUUUCAGGAUUUUCCCCCCUUAAAAAAAAAUGCUUCUUUAACAGAACUGAAGCUAAGUUCUUUCUGGAACUGAGGCCACUGGGACUUUAAAUAGUUCAGUGUCUUGCGAUCUCGAGACUUAUACCCCAAUAGACAGACCUUUGAGUCUAGCCCCCAGUCAAAAGAGUUCCACCUCACUCCAUGCUUUGUUCCAAGAUGCUACUUGGAACAUGGAUAGGGUAGAUAAACAACCAAGUAUAGGUUCUAGUUUCACAGCUCAUCGUUUGUUCUGGAGUUGCUGAAGAAACCGUGUUCUUGGUGGAAACUAUUGUGUAGACAUCCAGGUCACAAGACUUUGAAUUCUCUUAGGUCUUCUGAUCUUUGAAGAUGAAAGUACAGCAUGUCAGGCUUCCUCCACAGGUGAGCCCUUGGGCUGCUGGAAACCACCACCCUUGUAGAUCUGGUAGGUCAGUACACUUGGGCUAAGCAGGAACACACAUAUGUUAAUACUGACUUACUUGACAACAACCCUCGUUUGACCUCUGUCACACUCCAGGAGGAAAAGGAGACCCUACUCUCACGAUAAGCAUCAUCAGUUGGUAAACCCCAAAGCAUUUGCAAGGACCUCCAGGCAGAUCUCAUUGGGGUGAUAAGGAAAGAACAGGUGGAAGGCAGUUGAUCUUUUCCACUCUACCUUCUGGAAUUACUUAAGUAGGAAAGUCAUAGAAAGGAACAGAAACACAGACCACAAAUGACAUCUCCCCCUGUGGUGGAAACGUGAGGCUCUGGAGCCAGGCUCUGGACUCAUGGUGGCCUUCCACAUGGCAUGGCCCCUUUUCCUGGAUCAUCUAGAAGGAUCUGGUGUCAUCAAGGCUUUCUGACUAGGUCAUACAUCCACCCCAAGUCCCACAGUCAGCCCCAAGGGAUAUUCUUGCUGUCACAAAGAAGCAUGCUUGGAGCCAGGUCCAGUGCAGCCCCCAAAGCCCUCUAGUGUAUUCUUGAUAGCCACUGGUCUGGGGGUCAGAGCCUAGUGACAUGGUACAUUCAGGGUCCUUCAGUUUGUACAAAGUGUCUAUCCUUAGGUUCCAGAAUUUCUCCUUAGGUUAAAAAUGUGUCCCUCACUUUGGCCUACAUGGUUGCAUCCUUAUUUUUAAGCAGCGAAACUAGAACUUAAAAAACAUAAAUUAUUCCCUUCCAUUCCUAGGCCCUUUUAGUCCCUUGGUGGGUAGCCAUUUUCAUAAACAUCCAACUGGAAAUUGUCAUUUGCCUUUAAAUGCAAAAAUACAAACAAAACACUAACAUCUAGUGAAAACACAUAGCACAAAUCCAAUUAUCCUAUUACAUGAAAAAGAUCAUUGCUUCAUCCAUUGUCUUAAGUCCCUAAAAGGACUGUAUCAAAGUGUCACUUGUCAUUUACCCUCUGAUCAGCACUUAAAAACUGUUUCAAUAUUCCAUGGCCCUAUGAGGUAUAGUCCAGUAUGGUCGGUCUAUGCCACAUGGCCCAGGUGAUUCUAAAGUGAAAAAUAAAAGUAUGUGAUAGACUACAGCAUAACAUCUCCUGAUAACAGGUUUGGUUAUGUUCAGUCCUAAAGUCAACUGUCAAUAGUUCACUACUACAGGCAUGGAACAAGGCUAUAACCUGUCAUAGAACUCCUACCCCUUCCUCGCCCCCGAAUGCCUGGAAGUAUUGACAAUAGCCUCUGUAAUGUUCAGUUUUAUUAUUUGGUGUUUGGUUUGAUUUGACUGUUUAGAACAUUGCUGUUAUUGCCGUAGAUAAAGUAACAGGGAAAGAGAAAACCCAAACUCAUUGACUAAAAUGGUGAGUGUAAAAAUGAAGAGAUUUAUUUUGUACAAAGAAGUGUCCUCUGUAAUAUUGCUGACAUAAAGCACUUUGGGGGGGGGGGGGGGGGAAAUCUGUUUUCCAUAGAUCACGCAGGCCCUUGUACAUUGUUCUGUGUACUCACGUAGAGAAAUGUGCUGCGUAUAUCAUACUGGAUACGGGGCCGGUUUGACUGUAGACAUACAUCUGGUGCUGGUUGUCGUAAAUCUUUCAAGGAAUUAGGUACACUUUUUUUCUAUUAAUAUGUAUAGUUUUGCGAUUUGUCACAGUUAUGUUUCAUAUAAUCAUAAGUUAUUUUGUCUUGUUUCAUGAAGUCCUUUUUUUUAUGUCAAAAGUAAAAUGAAGGGAUUGUGUACUUGGCACAGAAUAAAACUGGAAAUAGAGGAUGCCCCUCCUGCCUGAAGCGCUCCUUCAGCGCCGUCGCUUUAAAACACAAUGGCGACCAGUGUUGUUUGUUUGUUUGUUUUAUUGUUCUGUUUUGUUCUGUCACCAGCCUCUUCUGUAUUGGGGAUGGUAAUUAUAAUUAAAAGCAGAUGGGAAGGGGGGUGUCCGAGGCCAGCUUUAAAAUGCCGCGUUGCUUUGGGCCAGAACUGAAGCCUGGAUUUAAUUAUAGAUAUGAGGACGAAAUGGCAGUAAAAAUGAAUGUCUCCCUGAAUCCUUUACAUGUUGGGAGUGUCCAUAAAUAAAACAUGAAGUUUUAUUUCAUCACAUUUAAUUAAAGCUUUUAUACAUGUUU